AUGACCGACAGUCAGACGAAAUCCAGUUUCGGCACGGCGCUGUUGAAUCUGCACAGCGGUUACACGGAUUCGCUGCCGGGGAGAGAGAAGCAUAUAGAUUGUUUAAAAUCGUUCCUGAAAAAACACAUCAAAGACCACCACUCGGUUUCCAUGUACAUAUCCGGACCGCCGGGUACUGGUAAGACGGUGUCACUUCAUUCAUUGUUUGCCAGCGAUUUGGUCACUGACAACUUCACCCUAGUGUAUGUGAAUUGUAGUAUGAUCAAAUCUGCUAACCGUGUAUAUGCCAAAAUUGCUGAGAUGUUAAAAAUCGGAUCCGGCACACAAAGGGAAUGCAUUUCGAACAUAGAGCAGUACUUGAAAACUAAACACAAAUCUAUUCUCAUGGUACUCGAUGAAAUCGAUCAAUUGUCAUCCAAAAAUCAAUCUAUAUUGUAUCAAAUAUUUGAGUGGCCUAUCAUUCCUCAAUCAAAUAUAGUUGUCAUAGGUAUAGCAAACUCUUUAGAUCUUACUGAUCGAUUGUUGCCAAUGUUAAAGACUAAGGUUUCUUUACAACCAGAACUUCUAAAUUUUCCACCUUAUACGAAAACAGAGUUGGCUAAUAUUAUAUCUCAUAGAUUAAAAAACGCCGGGGUUGCGGAAAUAUUUCCCGCCAAUGCCAUUCAACUUUUAUCUGCAAAAAUUGCUUCCAUCCGAGGUGAUAUACGUUAUGCAUUGGAUGUUACCAGAAGAGUUAUUGAGUUGGCAGAUGAUAAAAUUGACAAAAAAAUUGAAUUAAAUGAUGUAAUAGCUGUGUUGAAUAAUGUGUAUUCCACUUCUGGUGCACUUGAUAAUGAUGAUGAAAAUUCCGAAAAAUUACCCUUACAGCAAGAAUUUGUAGUGUGCGCACUGUUAUUAUUAUUAUCUUCUGGUAAAAAAAGUCAAGUAAUUACCAUAGGAAAAGUAUUCAACGUAUUUACAACUAUUUGUAAAAAACGCAACGUUCAAGUAAGGGAUCUAAGCGAAUUCAUAACCAUGUGUUCAUUAUUAGAAACGAGAGGUGUAAUCAAGAUCCUAGGACAGAAUAUAAAUAGAUUAUCUAAAGUAUUGUUACUUUGGGAUAAAAAUGAAGUUGAUGAUGUACUACACGACAAACAGCUUUUGGUGGAUGUAUUAAAUGAUAAAUCUCUAUUAAUACAAUGA